ACAGAUGGGAUGAUAAAACUAACUUUUUAGUCCUUUCCUUUCUCUGGGUCUUCUCUUCUCUUCCUUCCCUCCUUUUCUUCUUCUCUUCCUCAGAUCCCCUUACCAUCAUGGACGACUCUACUUCUGCUUCUAAUGCCACUGCCAAUGUUUUGGAAGUCAAAGAUGAAACUAUUUCUGUUGCUUCUGCAUUUCCUGGUCAUCAAGAAGCUGUGCAGGAUAGAGACCACAAGUUCCUAACAAAGGCAGUUGAAGAAGCAUAUAAGGGAGUUGAAUGUGGCGAUGGAGGCCCUUUUGGUGCUGUUGUUGUUCGGAAAGAUGAAAUAGUUGUAAGCUGUCAUAACAUGGUUUUAAGAAACACUGAUCCAACUGCCCAUGCUGAGGUUACUGCUAUAAGAGAGGCUUGUCAAAAGCUGAAUCAAAUUGAACUUGCUGACUGUGAAAUCUAUGCUUCUUGUGAGCCCUGUCCAAUGUGCUUUGGUGCUAUUCAUCUUUCAAGAAUUAAGAGAUUGGUUUACGGAGCUAAAGCAGAAGCUGCAAUAGCAAUUGGAUUUGAUGAUUUCAUUGCCGAUGCACUGAGGGGAACGGGUUUCUAUCAGAAGGCCCAGUUAGAGAUAAAAAAAGCCGAUGGUAGCGGUGCUGUUAUUGCAGAACAAGUAUUUGAGAAGACAAAAGAGAAGUUUACUCUGUACUGAUUUGCUUUAGUUUUCUAAUUAAAAGUGAACACAAGAUGCAUUUGUUCAGGAAAAAUUCAAUUUCUUACUAUAACGACAUUCAUAAAUUCAAGAAAUACAAAGUUUACAUAACUU